UACCCAGCUCAUCAUUGGAUGGGAAACAUCCCCCCAGGACAAGAGGAAGAAGCCCUCUUCACUGUUGUGUGGAGUCGGUUAGGAAUCCUAUACAACAGAAUGAAACGCUGCAUGGUCCUGCGCCAUCCUCCAUCCUCACAGUCCUUGUUACGCUUGAGCCCGUUGUUGCAGCCACUGUAUCAAUCCAUCUCGUUGAUGAUUUUCCUCUUUUGCUGACCCUCUACCAAACGUGAUGUCCUUUUCCAGGGACAUUUUCCACCGAGCCUCAGCCUUUUCUGUGCGUCAUAGGAUGAGAAUCUGCCCCAAAUCUCCCCUGGGUGGGACCCUUAAAGUACCGGGGGGCACCUGGCUACAGGGCAGUCUUCUCUUUGACCUAAGGUGGAUGGAGGUGCCCUGGACACCGCAGACCAACCUCGACAGGCCCCUUUCCCUCGGAACUUGGGUGGGCACAGAGCCUGGCAGUGGAUUCCCCGCCCCCCCCCAAAAAAAACUGAUACCGUGGAGUCGUUCAGACUCACAGUGACCCUGUAGGACAGAGUGGAACAGCCCCAUAGGGUUUCCAAGGAGUGGCUGGUAGACAUAAACCGCUGACCUUUUGGUUAGCAGCCACCGGGGCUUCCAUGGGUUCCCAGCGCCCUUUAAGCCCGGCGGCGGGGGGGUGGGGAGGGGGCUUAGUGGACGGAGGCGGUUCCACCGUCCUUGGGUCGCCUGGGGGCGGGCCCUCGGGAAGUCGGAGCGGGAUUGGCAGGUUGUUGGCGGGUGGGGCCGUGACGCGCGGAUCCAGGGGUGGGGCGCGAUCCGUGGAGCCCCGCCCCCGAGUGCGAGGUCCCCGUUUCCGCUCGGAGGGGCGGGGCAAGAGGACGCCGUGACGCCGACCUUCCCCGGUGUCGCUGCACGGCCGGUGGGUUCGUACAUCAUCUGGUCGGGUCUUUGAGAGCAACAGCUCCGGCCGCGUGAGGUGAGGGGCGGGGCGGGGCUGGGGCGAGGGUGCUGCCGACCUGAGACCCUGCAGGGCGCCUUCUCCUGCAGACCAUGGGCGCCCAGCUGAGCGGCGGCCAGAGCACCCCGGAGCCGGCGCAGCCUCAGGCAGCGGCGCCGGAGAACCCUGAGCGGCCCCGGCCCGAGCCCAGGCCGUGGGGGCCGCUGGAGAACCCGUGGGGGCCGCUGGACGACGUGCGCUUCCUCAUCGCCUGCACCCCCUGGUACUGACGUGAUCGCCCGCCGGCAUAACCGGCCGCUGGGUCGCCGCCGCCGCCAGUCAUUCUUGUCCGCCUCGGCCUGGCCCAGCCCUUGUCUCCUCACGUCCUUGGUGCCUCUCAUCCCAACCACCUCUCUCCCUGGCGCCUUUGAGAGAUGGGCCGAGAAUUCGUAGAGGCCGCGGGGACUGGAAGGAAGUCCUGGCAGGGCCGCCUCCCCAUCUCCCCUGGGACACUGUUUCGCCUAUGGCCACCUCCACAUUCUGGGUCCUGGGGCUGGCUAGUUUUCAGGUCACAGUCCCUGAUCGCCAUGACUGAGGACCGACUCCCCUACUACCUGCUGCUGGCUUCCAGAACCACCAGGGCUCUUGGUAAGAUCCCAAGGCUGCAGACCUGCUAACCUCGUCCAUCUUAUUGGUGAGAACUGGGCUUUUGUCUGUCUCAGGUCAUGGCACCGUGUGCUUUGACCUCAGGGAAGACCUUGCCACAAUGACCCUUCUGAAACUCCUCCUAAGGAGGUGUUGAUGCUUCCCAUCCUGGACCUCCAUGAAGCUAUAUUCCUGGGACCUCUGUAACAUUGCACCUCUAGAGAAGACGUCUCUGAUUGCUAGUCUAGUAGAUGAGAUGUGCGGGGCAGCUCCCAGAUGCCUGAAGCACCCUGUUCCACAGUGCUCCCAGAAGGCUCUCACAGCCACCACCCUCAGAGCUGGAUCCUUGUCCCCACACCCCAGAGAAAUGACACAUUCUGUAUUUUUGUUUUAUUUAGAAAUGAUUUAAAAAACAUUAUACAAAGGCUGAUCAGUUUAAAAUGUGACCGACACUGAAAUGCUGUGAUGUCUCCCAGGCUGAAGGGAAGCUGGGCCCUGGGCCCCCAGUACUUCUUUGUCUGCCCUUUGCUGGGGUGAUGGACAAACAGAUGGUCACAAAGCAGGAGAGCUCGAGAUUGGAAGCCAGCCCUCUCUGGGCUUGGCCCCACAUCCCUCACAUCUGUAGCCUGGGCUGCCUGCCUCCAUCUCUUGCUCUUUCUCAGCUUGCCUAGGUAGUUCCAGGAGCCAACCAGGAGUCUUAGGGGCCUAGAGCUUUCAAGAAGUGAGAGCACCAACCUGAGGGGUGAAGAGAGACCAGUGGAGAGAGAAGGGAGACCAGGAGGAGGUGGAUAGAGAAGACACUUCCGAUCUCAUCUUGGACCCUAGAGGGGUCCACAGGUGGGGUCACAGGCCCAGGCAGCCCACUGGAUGGCCCGGGCAAGGAACAGAAUCUCUCUGUGCUUCAUCUAAGGGAAGGGCGUGGUGAGGGUCACCCUUAGCCUCCUAGGACCUACACGAGUUUCAUGUGAAUGAACAGAUGUGAGCUAAUAAAGUGCUUUGCAAAGUAUAAAACACUGUACAAACCUAUGAAUCACUAAUAUCUCCGCAGUCGUUCCCCCUGCCCUAGGGAGCCUGCCCUUGGCCAAAAUGAGAACAAACAGAAGGAUGAUGACAGGGGAUGCAGUGGACCCAUAUGGCUCCUCUGGAACAAGAUAGAUUUUGCUUGAGAAAACUCCCAGGGCAGCAGAGGUCCCUGCCUGUGCUCUAGGCUAAGCCAUCCGAAAGCCUAGAGGCCACAGGUUGGGGGCAAGGCCCAUGCAAGCUCAGAGGGCAAAGGCAGCAUCUGAGGCCCUGCCAGCACCUGAGGGCUGCCUGACACACUUUUUGACUUUGGCGGAGAGCCAGCAGGCAUCACUGAGGCCAUUGGUCUUGCCCAGGGCGCCUCCAUGACAGGCAGGGCUGCUUCUGCUGGGUUAGAGUGAGGCAAGCUGAGUCCUGGGAAUUUCUGCCAGACAGUGAAGUUUAGGCCCAAAAAGGGUCAAAAAAGGAGGUCCAUAGGCUUGGGGCCACUACCAGUUGGGCGUGCCCUUUACCUAAGAGCAAUGCAGGAGGACGGUUGCAGUGAGCUGGGUCAGGAAGGGCCAAGCUCGUGGUAUAAACACUGCUUCCAGGCUGAGAUUGAGGUGUCCUUGGGGUAGCUGGGGAAGUGGGCUCUGAGCACUUCAGAAGGCCACUUUGGGCCCCUUACUCCAAGACCAUAAGAAUGGUGUUCCUGCAGCCAUCCUGGUCCGGCUGAGCCCCCAGGCCAAAGUGACAGGCUGGAGCAAGACUGGGGAUGGGGUGGGGGAAGUGAGGAGAAGGAGGGGGAUCUUGGUAGGGAGUGGAGGGCGUUACAAGCUUAGAUUGGCCUCCAGAAAUGGGGCCAGCUACUGCCCCAGUUCUUUAGCCUCAGAGCAGGGCCCAGCUCCUGGGGUGUCUGGUCUCCAGAGUGGCCUUGGCAGCACCUUGGUCCUUACCACCUGGGGGAGGGCUGGCCACACUGGUCUCAUCACCAAGACAGUCACCUCUCAUUCACUUAAAUCCUCAAGCAGCCUUUGCAGAAUGGGACUUAAACAGUAGUGACAGGACAUAUAAAUAUUCACGAUGUGACAGCUGGGUCCUUGUCAGACCCAGCUGGGCCACAGCCCUGCCUGCAGCAUGUGACCCUAAAUCCUGGGUCUCUGAGGAGACCCUGACAUAUGGAACAGGUUUCCUGAGGGAUCUGCUCUAUUCCAGCAGGGGAAACCUAGGCUUGCUGCUGACUGUGUCAGCAGCUGGUGUCCUGUAACCUUGGAGGACAGGAAUGUGUGGGGGACAUCUGACCAGCAGGUGUUGGCAACAGGGGGCCAGUACUGGUGGUAUCUCCCAGAUGGGGGUGAGAGAGCUAGUGCUGGCAUCCCACAGAAGGUGCUGAGGCCAAGCCAGGAAUGGAGCCGUGGGGCCUCAUGGGCAGGCCCAAGGAUGCGGUGACCACGGGGGCUCCCCCUGAGAGGGUCUCUGCCUUCUGAUGGGGCCUGGGCUAUUCCUUUGAGUAGGGAGUAGUUUACCCAGGAUAGAAGGCUGGCAGCUGGGUGCCAGACACCCACCCCGGGCACAGCCCCCAUCACUGCCUGCCUGACACUCAGCCUAGGCCAACGCACCCACCACUUCAGCUGCACGACCCUGGCCUAGGGCCCUGCUGGCCCCGGUGGGCAGUGGCUGGAGCUGCCCCAGGCCCUGGUGAAGAGGGGCCUGGCUGGCCAGACCGAGUGAACAG